AUUAAGACAACAAAAAGUACUGAUAACGGCAGUUCAUGGGAUUCCACCUUCAAUCCUACUCUCUCUGGUAGAUUUUAUAGAUCAGUUCAUUGUAAUCUUGCAAUAUCUGAUUGAAUGAAAAAGGGUAAAUUAGAAAAGUUCUGAAAUAAAUCCCAGAAAAAAACAUAUGAAAAUCCAGCCUCUAUUUCAAGAAUAUCUGCAGGAUUACUGGUCCCACAGGUAUGGAUCUUUGGCAGUUGCUGUUGACCUUGGCACUCGCAAGUGCAGGCAAUGCUGUUGCUGGGAGAGAGGCCACAGCAGCUACUCCUGACAGAGCGCCCCCAAGUCUGCAGAGAGUUAAUGCAAGCCUGGAAACAAAUUCUUCUGAGAACCCUAAAAUCACCAAGUGCCGUUCACCUGAAUUAGAGACCUUUUCAUGCUAUUGGACAGAUGGGGGUCAACGUGGUUCUAAGAUGCCAGGAUUCAUACAGCUGUUCUAUGUUAAAAGGAGUAUUCAAGAACAGAACCUAGACUGGAAAGAAUGCCCUGAUUAUGUCUCUGCUGGAGAAAAUAGCUGUUACUUUAACUCGUCAUAUACCUCCAUUUGGAAGCCCUACUGUAUCAAGCUAACUAGUAAUGGUGGUACAGUGGAUAAAAAAUGUUUCUCUAUUGAUGAAAUAGUGCAACCUGACCCACCCAUUGGCCUCAACUGGACUUUACUGAACACCAGUGUAACAGCGAUUUAUGGGGAUAUCCAAGUGAGAUGGGAUCCACCAGCCAGUACAGAUGUUGGUAAAGGAUGGAUAGCGCUGGAAUAUGAACUUCAAUUCAAACAAACAAAUGAAACUCAAUGGAAAAUGAUGGACCCUGUAGUAUCAACAUCAGUUCCACUGUACUCAUUGAAACUGGAUAAAGAAUAUGAAGUUCGUGUAAGAUGCAGACAAAAACACUCUGAAAAAUAUGGCGAGUUCAGUGAAGUGCUCUACAUAACACUUCCUCAGUUGAGCUCAUUUAAGUGUGAAGAAGAGUUCCAGUUUCCAUGGUUCUUAGUUAUGAUCUUUGGAAUAUUUGGGCUUAUGGUGAUGCUACUUGUGGUCAUAUUUUCUAAACAGCAAAGGAUUAAAAUGCUGAUUUUGCCCCCAGUUCCAGUUCCAAAGAUUAAAGGAGUUGAUCCAGAUCUCCUCAAGGAAGGAAAAUUAGAGGAGGUGAACACAAUCUUAGCCAUUCAUGAUAACUCUAAACCUCAGUUCUACAACGAUGACUCUUGGGUUGAAUUUAUUGAGCUAGAUUUUGAUGACCCUGAUGAAAAAACUGAAGGAUCAGAUACAGACAGACUUCUCAGCAGUGACCAUCAGAAAUCACUUAAUAUCCUUGGGGCAAAGGAUGAUGACUCUGGACGCACUAGCUGUUAUGAACCUGAUAUUCUGGAGACUGACUGCAAUGCCAGUGAUGUGUGUGUUGGCACCUCUGAGGUUGUUCGGCGAGAUGAGUUAAAAGGGGAAGCUGAUCUCUUGUGCCUUGAUGAGAAGAAUCAAAAUAAUUCACCUUAUGAUGCUUCUCCUGACCAUCAGGAGGCCAGUGUCAUUCCAACAAAGGAAGACAAACCACAACUGCUUCUUAUUGGCAAAACUGAGUCAACUAACCAAGAUGCCCCUACUCAGAUAAGCAAUCCUAGUUCACUGGCAAACAUGGACUUUUAUGCCCAGGUAAGCGACAUUACACCAGCAGGAAGUGUAGUCCUUUCCCCGGGCCAAAAGAAUAAGACAGGAAUGUCCCAGUGUGAUACACACCCUGAGACCAACUUCAUCAAAGAUAAUGCCUACUUCUUCAAGGGAGAUGCCAAAAAGUGUGCUGUCAUGACCCCUCACAUCGAGGUCAAGUCACAUGUAGAAUCAAGCUUUAACCAGGAGGAUACUUACAUCACCACAGAAAGCCUUACCACUGCUGCUGAGAAGUCCGGGGCUGUGGAACAGCCUCUAAGCUCUGAAAUGGUUCUCCCAGAUUAUACCUCCAUUCAUAUAGUGCAGUCUCCACAGGGCCUCAUACUCAAUGCGGCUGCCUUGCCCCUGCCUUUGCCUGACAAAGAAUUUCUAUCAUCGUGUGGAUACGUGAGCACAGACCAACUGAACAAAAUCAUGCCGUAGCCCUUCAUCAGUUUCUCAGAAGUGAUAUAUUUCAUCACAAAGAAUUGGCUAGGGCAUGAAUGCUUAAACCAAAACAUGUUUUCUUGGGGGAGUGUGAGGGUGGGUAUAGAUUCUAAAUGCCUUUUCCUGAAAUGUUGAAACAUGAUAUUAAAAUGAAAAAAUGAGAAUGUUUAAUCAAAUAGAUAUUCCUUGUGAAUUGUAAAUAUUUUAAAUUGCCUCAAAGACUGUUUAGUGGCAGUAAUUGUCUUAUUAUUGUGAGUGCUGAUUUUGUGAUACUGAGCAUUGAAUGGCUACACCUUUAAUGUACAGUAAAUCAAGCUUUUUGAAAAAGCAAAAUAAAGUCAGGUGGCUUUUGCAGUUCAGGAAAUUGAAUUCAAGUCAUAGCACAGGCUAAUUUUUUUUUCUUUUAAUUAACUGGGAGGUAAAACUUUAGGUAAGAAGGCAAAAUAGUUUCGAUAUUUAAAACAUUUAUUUUCACAUACAAUUGAUAAAGAUAUUUUUAAUAAUUUAGACUUCAAGCAUGGCUAUUUUAUAAUAUACUACACACACACUGUGUACUGUAGAUCACGAUGACCUAUUCCCCCAAAAAAUGUAGCAACUACAGUGUAACAUUGGUUUAAUGCUUUGUUCAGUGCACCUAAAGAAAACAAAACAAGUUAGUUUUUACAAAGUCCUUUUUAUAUUUCCCAAAACUUCUUAAAUAAUUCUAAAAAUUUAGCAACUCGCAUUAUUGAAACACAUUCACUAUAUCUAAAUUUUUUUAACAAAUAUUUUUAAAUUUAGAAAUGUUAUUAAAAUGUUUACACUGCAUAAACCAAAAAUACAGGGGGAAAACUCCCUUUCCAUGGCGAAUUUCAGAUCACCCUGCAGAGCUCUCUAAGAGAAGCAGAGGGUAGGCUGGUUCAGACGGACCAGGAACCCCCAGACCUGUGGCAGCACAAGGAGGAGCUGGAAAGCACGCAGAUCGAGGGAAAGAAGCUCCAGCGCCUCCGCAGUGGUGUCUUAUCAAACACAGCUCCGUUUUAUUUCAUAGGUACCUAAGAAGAUAAGAAGGGACAAGCUAUUUUGUACAUCAAAGCAGAAUGAAUGAAGUUAACUGGGUAUGGAACAAAAAGCUCAAGAAACAGGUCUCUGUUUCACAGCCUAUAGCCAGACACAUACUUAUUACUCAUGGUAACAGGGGACAAAAAAACAUACACACGUACACACCAUUUUCUAUCCCAAAAGA